AUGCAAAGGUUUAACAUACAAGACAUGCAAUCGAUAUACAUGUUACCUGCCGCUUCCAAUCCAAAUUCAUAUUAUAAGUGUAUGAAGAGCAUUUGUUCUGUUGUUGGUGAGUCCUUACAUCUUUACAACUUGAAGAAGGUCGCCAUAAAUGCCGAUGAUCUUAAUGAGCUGUUAGGAUAUAACCAUUACCAGAACAUUGAAACUGUGAUCAAAGAUGCGAAGUUUCUAUUAAAACAAUUGAGUUCAAUAGAUGUUCCUGAUGAUGAUUCUGAGAUAAUGAGAAUCGAUUCUCAUAUAAUGAGACGCAUUGCAGAGUUCUCAAAAGAGGCAACAGUCCUAUUGAUAUAUCAGUUGAUAUACAAUAAUUCAUCUAGGACAACCACAACUUUGCUUCAAGUUAUGAAGAUGAUACCUUUACUUCGAGAAUUGUUUGAAUUGUAUCAUUCAAAUCAAAACUCCACGCAAGUACUUUUAAUACUUCCUAUUUUUGUUCUUGGUUGUAACCUUUAUAAACAUUCUUAUCGGAGGUGGUUCAUUGAAAAUAUUGACCGGAUUUAUUUGAAAACAAAAACUGCUAAAAUUUUGACUGUUAAAACAUUGGUUAAAAAAGUGUGGACCUUGGACGAUAAUGGUAAUAAACCAGUACAAUGGCCGGAAAUAAGUGAGCACGAGGGACUAUUAUUGCCUUUUUAUAUCUAA